UUACAUGCAGAAGUCUCCCAACCGGUAUUUCUGGGAUGUGUGUGGGCGUUGGCAGGACUCAGUCUGAUCUUUGUCCUUGUCCGAUGUUUCAUUAAAAUGAUGACGUUCAAACGAGUCUCUUCGGACGAUGUCAUUGCGUUUAUAGCAUGGGGAAUGUUUUUAGCCAACAUUAUCCUCUGGACCGUAAAGUCGCCGAUUUUAUACAGAAAUUACGAAGUACUUCAAGGAAAGCAUCCAUUUGACCAGGUCGAAAUUGAAAGAUACGGCUCUUUCAUUAGGUGCAUCGGAGCUUUCACCAGCAUUUUCUACGCAAGCCUCUGGAGCGUCAAACUCUCGGUCUUACUAUUCUUCCGCAGAUUGGGAAACCAAAUUCGCAGGUACGAAAUAUGGUGGUGGUGUGUGACUGCUGUCACCGUUUCAACUUGGUUGAUUUGUAUGGCGGACGUGGACUGGCCUUGCAACACAAAGCCAAUACAAUGGAUUAUGCUAAACUGCUCAAGUCAGAAUAAAAUUAACUUCCAAAAUCGGACAUUUUAUGCAAAUUGCGCUCUAGAUAUCCUAUCUGAUUGCUUGAUCGUUUCGAUUCCGAUCCUCAUUUUGUGGAAUGUCCAUGUUCCACUACGCAAAAAGAUUAUCCUGACGGGUAUUUUCUCCGCCACGGUCAUUGUCAUGGUCGUUUCAAUCAUUCGAGUGACAGUGGUCAACUCUAAGCAUCAAAGCGCAGAGAUUGCUUGGCUCGUCUUUUGGAGUUUUGUUGAAAAUGGAACGGCGAUCAUGAUUUCUUGCGUGGCAUCAUUCCGUCAACUUUUCGUAGCCUCCCAGGACCAG